GGCGGGGCGAGCGGCGCCGGAAGCGCUCGCGGCUCGGACGGCGGCGCCUCUCUGCCAUGGCGACCCCGGCCAAGCGCCCACGGGCGGCGGGGCCCGGCGGCGGCGAGCCCGACUGCGACGCGGUGGCCGGCUUCCUGCGCUGGUGCGCGCGAGUGGGACUGCAGCUGAGUCCCAAGGUGGCGGUGAGCCGGCAGGGCACGGUGGCCGGCUAUGGCAUGCUGGCCCGGGAGAGCGUGCAGCCCGGCGAGCUGCUGUUUGCCGUGCCACGGGCAGCGCUCCUGGCGCCUCACACCUGCGCCAUCGGCAGCCUGCUGGAGCGCGAGCGAGGCGCGCUGCAGAGCCAGUCGGGUUGGGUGCCGCUGCUGCUGGCCCUUCUCCAUGAGUUGCAGGCCCCAGCUUCGCUCUGGAGCCCAUACUUCGCGCUCUGGCCCGAGCUGGGCCGUUUGGAGCAUCCCAUGUUCUGGCCAGAGGAGGAGAGGCGGCGCCUCUUGAAGGGUACUGGUGUCCCCGAGGCCGUGGAGAAGGACUUGGCCAACAUCCGAAGCGAGUACCAUUCCAUCGUCCUGCCCUUCAUGGAGGCCCACCCCGAUCUCUUCAGCCCCAGUGUUCGUUCCUUGGAACUUUAUCACCAGCUGGUGGCCGUCGUGAUGGCCUAUAGCUUUCAGGAACCCCUGGAGGAAGAGGAAGAGGAAAAGGAGCCAAAUUCCCCCUUGAUGGUGCCUGCUGCAGACAUACUAAACCACUUAGCCAAACACAAUGCCAAUCUAGAGUACUCUGCGGAUUAUCUUCGGAUGGUGGCUACUCAGCCCAUUCCUAAAGGCCACGAGAUUUUCAACACGUAUGGGCAAAUGGCAAAUUGGCAGCUGAUGCAUAUGUAUGGUUUUGUUGAACCAUAUCCUGACAACACAGACGACACAGCAGACAUUCAAAUGGUGACAGUUCGUGAAGCAGCAUUGCAGGGAACAAAGGAUGAGGCUGAAAGGCUCCUGCUGUGGGAACGCUGGGAUUUCUUAUGCAAACUGGAGAUGGUAGGGGAAGAGGGGGCAUUUGUGAUUGGGCGUGAGGAAGUGCUGACUCAAGAGGAGCUGGCCACCACACUCAAGGUGCUGUGUAUGCCUGCUGAGGAGUUCCAAGAAUAUAAAGAUGAAGAUGGAUGGGACGAGGAUGAGAAAGAAGAGGACAACCUGACCAUCACAAAUAUUCCCAGUCUCAACAUAUCAUGGAGAAGGCUUCUUCGAGACAGUGUUCUGUUGACCCUACAGACCUAUGCUACAGACUUAAAAACUGAGCAAGAUUUACUUACUAAUAAGGAGGUCUAUGCCAAACUGAGCUGGAGGGAACAGCAAGCCUUGCAAGUUCGCUAUGGUCAGAAGAUGAUCUUACAUCACUUGUUGGAACUCACAAGUUAGCAGGUUUCUUGUUGCCUGAAGGACCAGCUGCAAGAACUUUUUUAAAGCUCAUGUUUUGCUGCUUGAAAAGGAGGGAAAUUUGAUUUUGCUUUUCUUAUUGAGUACCCAAAAGAAAAAUAGCUAAAGUUUUGCUCGACUAACAUGAGGCAAAGGUGACAUGUUUUAGGAUUGGGAUGAGCAGACUUGGGAAUUGUUACUUAAGAAUACAUUGCUUUAUGGCCAGAUGUGGUGGCGCACACCUUUAAUUCCAGCACUUGGGAGGCAGAGGCAGAUGGGUCUGUGAGUUCAAGGCCAGCCUGGUCUGCUUAGUGAGUUCCAGGCUAGGAGACUGUCUCAAAAUGACAUGGGGGGGGGGGUGUCACACACAUGUCAUUAUUUUAACCAAAGCCAGUAGGAAAAGUGGUUAACAUGGUCUUUGGAGGCAACCUGGGUCAAUUUUUGAGAAAACUCUUAAAAAAAAAUUUUUUUUGGAUUGUUUAUGUAUGUGACAUGAAUGGAGGUGCCUAUGGAAACCAGAGGAAUCGGGUCCUCCUGGAGCUGAAGUUAUAGGUAGUUGUGAGCUGCCAUGUGGAUGCUGGGAACUGAACCUGAGUUCUCUGGAAGAACAGUAGUAUAUGCUCUCAACACCUGAGCCAUCUGUCAAGCCCAGGAAAAGACCAACUUUUUGAGCCUUUUUCCUGUUGAGAACUUAAGCUGCAGUGUGCUGGUCAAGAGUGACAGAUGGAUUUUAUUGCACUGUCAGUCUGACCUGUCAGCCUGAAGUUGGCUCUUGAUAGCACAAUUCACCCUUAAGGAAUCAACUCAAGGCUCAUUUGUGUAACAUUUCCAACUGUUUACUUUUCGACUUAUCCUCUCUCUAAGCCACAAAACUUGAGCAUCAUUAAAGGCAAUAUUAAAACUUUAA